UGGCGGCUUCCUAUCUAAACCGGAAGCGUCGCUGGCUGGUAAACGUCGGUCGGAAUGAUUCGCAGCUGUUUUUCUUCGUGAGAUAAAGAGGAAAUGGAUGAAACUGCAGUCAGGGACUCCCGUCAUAAAGAUUCUAUUCUGCCUUACUCGAAUGUUACCGACAUGUCUGCACAUUCGUUACUGUGUGAGAGAAUUUUUCUGGCUAAGGAGCGAAUUAAAAGAGCAGAAGCUCUUUGCAGAUCCCAAAAAGAUGGCAUAGAAGGUGGACCAAAACUUUGCAAUAAAUUAAAGGCAGAACUAAAAUUCUUGCAGAAGGUAGAAACUGGUAGAUUAUGCAUCAAAAAGUCUCAUCUGCAGAGUACAAAUCUCACUCAUCUGCAAGCUGUCAUUGAAUCAGCAGAGAACUUGGAGGAUAUUGUUGGUGUUCUCCAUGUUUUUACUUAUAAAGACUCAUUUGGUGAAAAACAAAAUUUGGUGGUAGAUGUAGUUGCAAAUAAUGGACACACUUGGGUGAAAGCAGUUGGUCGGAAAGCUGAAGCUCUGCAUAACAUUUGGUUGGGUAGGGGCCAGUAUAGUGACAAGAGCAUUAUUGAACAAGCAGAAGAUUUCCUACAAGCAAGUUGUCAACAACCAGUACAAUAUUGCAGCCCGCACAUUAUUUUUGCUUUCUACAAUGGUUUGCCCAGCCCGAUAGCAGAAAGGCUAAAAGAGAUGGGUAUAUCUGUGCGAGGGGAUAUUGUUGCUGUGAACCCGUCCAUAAAGUGUCUUAAAGAAGAUCACUGCUUAAGUUCUAGUGAAUCUGACGAUGGAGAUGAAUGCUUUCAAGUGACUAAAGUAGAUCGGGAUACCUUAAUAGCCAGUGUUGCAUUUCCUAUAAUGUUGAAAGUAAAUACAUGCAAUAGGGUUAAUUUAGAUAUUACUUCUCUGAUUACAUAUAUCUCAGCCCUAAACUAUGGAGGCUGUUACUUUAUAUUCAAAGAGAAAGUCAUAACUGAACAGGCCUUGCAAGAGCGAUGUGAGAGUGUUCUCCCACAACUGGAGGAAUUCAUGAAGGGCAAAGAAUUGUUUGCUUGUGAAUCUGCAAUCAAAGAUUUUCAGAUUAUUUUAGAAACUAUAGGAGGUCCUGGAGAAAAAUAUAGAGCCACAUUACUUAUGGAUAGAAUCCAUGUGAUCCCAGAUCAACCCUCUGAACGUGCCUUAAGAUUAGUGCCUAGCUCUAAAAUCAAUAGCCGUUCUCUGAUCAUCUUUGGGACAGGAGAUACUUUAAAGGCCAUUACUAUGACGGCAAACAGUGGCUUUGUUCGGGCAGCAGCAAAUCAGGGAGAAAAGUUUAGUGUGUUUAUUCAUCAACCAAGGGCAUUGACAGAAAGCAAAGAAGCUUCUGCCAUACCUUUAACAAAGCACUAAGCUAGUUCCAAAUACUUUAUUUAUACUGUUUCUACCUGAAGAAAUUUUAGAAACAAAAUAGUUUAAUGCAUAUAAAUAUUGACAUAAUGUGGACACAAUUUAUUCAUUUGACUGAACUGAACUGAAAGAAACAUAGAGCAGGCACAUUAUGUUGUCCUUUACCUACUCAUGUACAAAUGUUUGUAUAAAUGUUAUACAACUUUUUUUCUUUGUUGCCAGAAUGCUUCGAUUUAUGACAAUGGAGGCCAAAAUUUCUGUUGCUAACCAAGACAGUUCAGUGAAUUUUGCCCUAUUUUAUGACCUUUCUUGCCACAGUUGCUAAUUGAGUCAUUGCAUUUAAGCUAGCAACACAUUAAAUAGAUCUAACUUCCCCAUUGACUUUGCUUGUUGGAGGUCACAGAAGAUGAUCACAUGACUCCAGGGCAUUGCAACAGUUGUAAAUACAUGCUAGUAGCUAAGCAUCUGUAUUUUGAUGAUGUGGCCUUGGGGAUACUGCAACUGAAAAAUGGUCAUAAGUCAUAAGUGCCGUUGUAACUUUGGUCACUAAAUACAUGGUUAUAAGAUACAGGACUACCUGUAUCAAGAUUAAAAAGCUACUUUUGACUAGAGUACACCUCAGUGUUUUUUUCUAGGAUAAUGAUCAGAGAAAUGCAUGAGCAAAACAAGGGUUGAUACAUAAAUCACAAAAAAUGGUGAAGCAUGAUUAAGCCAAAAUUAAGCAAUCAUAGAUUUCGUUAAUUGAAAUAUGAGGACUUAGAUUAAUUUAAAAUCUCCCACUGAAGCCAGUGAAUUUUUAAAAGAAAAGUUUUCUUUAUUUACAUUUUAAACUUUACUUUUUUGUUGAAUUUCUCAGAUUUUUAUUUUGGAUGCUAUUCUGUAAUUUAUAUGGAUAAUUAUAGUGUUGAUAAAAGUAUGUAUAAUUAAAAUGUUAGCAUACAGAUUAAAUUUGUCUAUGUGGA